AUGGAGGAAAACAUACUACCUUCCUACCUACCCUCAUUCUGUGAGCAGGCUAAUGCUGCUUGUUCCACAAAUGCACUGAUGAAAAAGACAAUGGAUGAUCCGAACCUGCCACCAGUAGCCAAGUGGCCAAAUGCUUUCAAAGUGAAAUAUGAUGACCUCCCAAAAGAAAUACCUCUCUCAAGUGCCAUUCGAGGGGGAUUGUCAUAUUUUCGUGAGUCAAUGAUCAAGGAACUGAAGAAGCUUUUUGGUGUGGUGGAUGAGUCAGACAUGGAUGAGUACAAACUCACCCUCAGGAUAUGUGAGAAGAGUCCCACUCGAGGUGAGCAGAGAAGCUGUGUGAUUUCUGUCGAGGAUCUUAUUGAUUUUGUUGUUGAGAAAUUAGGGCACCAUUUACGCAUAUGGAGUACUAGGAGCAUUGAAGGAUCUUAUGAGAAUGCCACAAUUGAAGCUUUGAAACUCAUCCAUGGAAACCUCUCUGAACCACCAGCCAUAUGUCAUAGUCAACCAUUCCCAUUUCAAGUCUAUUAUUGCCAUGUUAUACAGAAAGUAAAAGUAUUUGUAGUUGAUAUAUAUGCUAAGAAGAAAGUGAAUCAUGUGAUCGUGGCAUGCCACUAUGACACAUCAACUUGGAGUCCAGACCAUAUUGCUUUUAAGCUGUUGGGUUUUGGCCCUGGACUAAUUGAAGUCUGUCAUUGGAUAAUCGAGAAUGGAAUGGUUUGGACAAAGACUCUAGGUUGA